AUGACGCGCUGUCUCGUGCCCCGAAAGCUGGACCCGGCAAAGUCCGGGCUGUGCAGUCUCUCAUGGGCGAUCUUGCUCCCACUUGUUACCUUAUGCUCGGCCUCCAUCUUCUCGGGAUGGCCACCCGUCACUCCAUCCCCGAUGCAAGGCCGGAUGCUCCGCCGCGAGGAAGCUGAGGCAGCCGUCGACGUCCUCGGCCUCCAGGCGUUCGAGAGGACGUGGGAUCGCGUGAAGCCCUGCCUGGAAGCGCAGGCGCAUUCAGCUGCAGUGCCUUCAUUUCUGCAGAGGCUCUACAGGCAAAGCCUGCGAUGGAUAUCGCAUCCUCAGCACUGGCCGUGGUUGUGGCUGAUCCUUGCUGUGUCUGUGGUCACGCUGGCACCGGUCGGUAUUCUGCGUUGUAGGGAUGCUUGUUUGGGAAAAUCAGAGGAGAGCAGCUUGCAAUGGGAGGAGGCGAUUUUGGGGUUGUCGGAGGCAGAAGCUUGUGCAUUUCGACUGGUCGAGCUGAUCUCCGGCAUCUAUGUCGCAAGAACUUACUUUGCCGGGGGAAUUUGGUGGUUCGGCGGUCUGCUGGCAUUCGUGAAGCUGUUCUCAUUAUUCAGCCUUAUCGUGGCAUUGCCUCCCAAGAGGCUCUGCAUGGCCUUCGUGCUACAGCUGGGUUUUGCGGCUCAUGCAACCAAUUCUGCCUUCUUCUUUCUCCAGGAGGGUGAAGGAAAGGUGGAGCUACCCCGAACAGCUUUGUGGCUCUGGCGCCUUACAGACAUGGGAUCGCGGGUGAUCUUCUGGAUUGUGGCAUGUAUGGUUCUGGAUCCUGAUGCACGUCCUUGCAUACCCUUCAUCUUCUUGUGUGAGCUGGCAGCGUGUGUUCUGUAUUGGCGGAGGUGUCUGCAACCGUCGCUCCAGGAGUUGAAGGAUGAAGGUUGGCCCAGACCGGCGAGAUCACACCCAGGCACCCCGAAUAGCGAUGCGCGAUAUCAGAUGGAGCCGCACCAGCGCAACACAGAACGCUCUAUAGGAUUCAGCCUGCUUUGCCUCUGCGGCAUGCCCUGGCCCUGCUUCCCCGCAGAUCUCUGUGCGCAGCUACGCCUCCAAUUGUGUGCGACGCUCUGGCGCAGCAAUCUCGUUAUUUUUUUUGUCAUCGUGAUGGUGCACAGGUAUGCAACCGUGACCCACGGUGCCUGUUCCCUUGCUGCAGAGCCCGUCUUGGAAAUCUUAAUGAGCGUCGGUCUCACAAUGCACCUACUGGCCAUGCUUGGGGUUUUGAUCUACCAAGCCUUGUUGCGAACUCGAUGCCUGUGCCUGUUCCCAACACGUGCGGUGUUCGGGGACAGCCGAUUGCAUUUGGCUGUGGGCCUCGGUGCCGAGCAUUUGGUGCAGGAGUUCUGGACAGCCGACGAGGAGGACUCGCUGCUCCGUGAGGCUGUUUUUGCUGGGCAUGGUGGUGUGAUAGAAGUACUUCAUGCGCAGGGACAAGACGUGUGCACAGCUGAGACCCGUUUGGGAGUUGCUUCUCAUCUUGCAGCGCGAGCCGGAAAGGUGGAUGUGCUGAGGGCGCUUCAGAAGCUUGGCGCAGACAUGAGAUCAACCGACGAGGAUGGCAGCAAUGCGGCUUUACUGGCUUCACGGGGAGGUCAUGGCGCCGCUUUGCAGCUGUUGCUGCAGGCACGGUGUGAUCCAGAGGCGCGCAAUCCCCUGGGCGACAGUGCAGUCAUCGUUGCUACAAGAAAUGGCAGAGCAGCUUUGUUGCCGAUGUUGCUCGAGACCAGGUGUGACCCUCAGACUGUCGGCAGGGACGGUGAGCCGUUGAUCUUGACGGCCGCAGCGCUGCAGACGACCGAUUCGCUGCAGGCUCUCUUGGAAGCGAGAUGCGACCCAACGGUCGCCAGCAAGGAUGGUGACACUCCAGUCUUGAGGGCGGCAUCGAGGGGAAGUAUUGGUGUGUUGAAGCUCCUUUUGGAGGUCAGAAGCGAUCCGAGCAUUGCCAACAAAAGGGGCAACACCCCAGUCAUCAUCACAGCUGCGAUGGAUGCACGCACAGAUGAGUUGAAGUUGCUCUUGGCGGCAAGAUGUGACCCGACCCUCACAAACAAGAAAGGUGGCAGCGCAGUCGGCAGUGCUGUGACAAACGGCAACAUUGGUGGCUUGGCGCUGCUAUUGGCAGCAAGAUGCGACCCAAGCAUAGCAGACAAGUCUGGGAACACCCCAAUCAUAGCAGCCGCAGAAAAGGGCAGCAUUGAUACCUUGAAGCUGCUGCUGGAAGCGAAAGGUGAUCCGAGCAUGGUAAACAACGACGGCAGCAGUGCUAUCAUCAAAGCCACAGGGCACGAACAAGCCGGGCUCGGUGCUGUUGCUGCAUUGACGCUCUUGCUGGAGGCAAGGUGCGACCCAAGCUUCGCGGACAAGAACGGAGAGACGCCUGCCAUAAUAGCUGCACGCCAUGAGAGCACCGAUGCCUUAAGCUUGCUCUUGGAGGCGAAAUGUGACCCGAAGAUGGUCAGCAAGGAUGGUGGGAGUGCCGUCUUGGAAGCUGCAGCGCGCAAGAGUGCUGAUGCCUUGAAGAUGCUCUUGGAGGCAAGAUGCGACCCAAGUAUGGCAGACAAGGCUGGAAACACCCCGGUCAUCAUAGCCGCAGGGAAUGAUUGCAUUGAUGCCCUAAAGUUGCUCUUGGAGGCAAGGGCCAAUCCGAGGAUCACCAACAAGGAUGGUAGCGGUGCGAUCAUCAAAGCGGCAGCAACUGGCCAUGUUGAUUCAUUGGAGUUGCUGUUGGAGGCAAGAUGCGACCCUGGCAUGGCGGACGAGGACGGUAACACGCCAAUCAUAGCAGCUGCAGGCAAGGGACGCACCGGCUUUGUAAAGUUGCUCUUGGAGGCCAGAGGCGACCCGAGGAUCCUCAAUAAGCAUGGUCAGAGUGCCGUCUUCGAGGCUGCACGACGCAGAGAUGCUGAGUCAUUGAGGCUGCUUCUGGAAGCGAGAUGCGACCCGCACAGUGUCGACGAGGAUGGCUUCACAGCAAUCAUGGCUGCUGCCGGGACUGGAGUUGUAGAUGCGCUGAACUUACUCCUGGAGGCUCGAUGCGAUGCUGAGUCGGCCGACCACCUGUUUGGCUUCACCCCGGUUUCCUUCGCAGCUAUGGGUGGAUGGGUCGAUGCGCUGGAAAUUCUGCUCCGUGCGAGAUGUGACCCACGCAAAGCAGCAUCCAGGGCUGUUUUCUGUGAGUCCGCAGCGACAAUUGCAGCAAGGACUGGCAAGACUGAGGCGCUGAAGACCCUCCUGAGGGCGAGGUGCGAUCCCGAGGCUGUCAACAUCACUGGAGACACGGCAGUGAUGCUGGCAGUGCGGGAAGGUCAUCCUGCGACUCUCCAGUUCCUCGUCCACGAAGGCUGCAACUUGAAGGCUCGAAACAAGGACGGUGACACUGCAGUGUCGCUGGCCGCCGCAGUGGGUGAAGCCGGAAUGCUGCAGCUACUUCUCGAGUCAAGGUGCGAGCUGGAUCUGCGGACUGCUGGCAGCAAAAACUCCGUGGAUGAAGCGAGCAGAGUUAUGGACAAGGCCAUGCAGUGGCUCCUCGGCGCAAGCUCGCUGGUGGACCGCACCGACGUGACUCUGGCGAACAGUCACGGCGAGGACGGACAACAUGUUGGCCGACUGACCUUCAGUAGUGCCGAAGCACUGACUCUGGCCUACCACCGACGCAAACUCGGCAAGCAGAUGAUGGACGCCAGUGCGCUACCAGUGCUGCGAGGUCAUCUGCGCGGACUCACCGUCUUGCUGCCCAGGAAUUUCGCGCCUUCUGCAAGGGACAGCUCGUUCAUCCUUCUGACCUGCGGCGUGCCGGAGGUUGCCCGCAGCUCUGGGAAGCUCUAUCACGAGGUGGAGCUGCUAAGUACCACAGAAGCUGCACAGCUCGGUUGGCUGACGACGCGGUUCGAUGCCGGUGCUAAGACUGCGGGCUUCGGUCCCCCCAAGAGCGUUGGCAUUGAUGCCGAGGGCUGGGCCUUUGAUGCGCAGCGCGCAGCUCAAUGGCACAACAAAAGACAGAAGGAGGCCAACAUGGACCGUUGGCGCCCUGACGAUCGCCUAGGGCUGGCCAUAGACAUGGAUGAGGGGACCAUGCGCAUCUCGGACCGGGAUGGCAGUUGGCGCAAAGAGGCUGCCUAUCACAUGAGCUUUCAGAAGGGCGACCGCAUGCU